UGAAGCCGGGUCUCUUCCUGGUCGAUGUGGACAGAGGGAGCCGCUGGGUGAGGUCUGUUGUUGGAACUGAGGGGAAAUAAUGGAGAAACCCCCGAAAAGUUGAGAGCGAGAAGCCGCGGGACUCGUAGCGUUAGCGCGUCUCCGAAAAACACCCGAACGGAGCUUGACGUGGACCCCGCUUCCACACCCCGACUGUCCCACUAGCUGCCCAUGUAUUGCUAGCUGCUAACGCUACACGCCGAGGCACCUGUCUCCAGCCUCUUUGUUUGAGCCACGUCGGCGGCUUCACGUCCUCUUGUUGUCAGUCCCCUGAACUCGGUGGGACAGAUAUCAGCUGUUCUGCUCCUGUCCCCCCCCCCCCCCCCCGUCCCCGCCGUCCUCCCUGCCCCGCCGGCCGGAUCCGGACAAAGAAGAUGGACUGAUUCCUUGCCUCCGUCCGGAAAUGCCUGACACGAACCCUGUACGCGCCCCUUUGGAUCUUAUUAAUAAACCCGGAUACCCCCGACAGUAAGGCAUGGCGUCCUCUAAAGCAAAGGUAGGAGUCCACAGUGAGACCACCCCCCUGAAAGACAGUAAAAGCGGCAGCAUCAGUCCACCUGGAGAAGCGGUUCCCAACCACCGGAUAUACAGCCUGGAUGACCUGGACACCGUCGCCACAGUCGGCACAGGAACCUUUGGCCGAGUCUUCCUCGUCAAGGACAAGAAGAGCAGGGCCUUCUAUGCCCUGAAGCAGAUGAAGAUCCCUGACGUGAUCCGACUGAAGCAGGAGCAGCACGUCCACAAUGAGAAGGAGGUGCUGACAGAGGUCAACCACCCAUUCCUCAUCAGACUGUUCUGGACCCACCAUGAUGAGCGUUUCCUCUACAUGCUGAUGGACUAUGUGCCAGGAGGUGAACUGUUCAGCUACUUACGCAGCCGCGGGCGCUUCAGCAACAACACAGGCCUCUUCUAUACUUCUGAGAUAGUUUGCGCCAUUGAGUACCUCCACUCCAAAGAAAUCGUCUACCGUGACCUGAAGCCUGAGAACAUCCUGCUGGACAGCGAAGGGCACAUGCGCCUGACCGACUUCGGGUUCGCAAAGAAGCUCUCUGACAGGACCUGGACUCUGUGUGGAACUCCGGAGUACCUGGCCCCUGAAGUCAUCCAAAGCAAAGGUCAUGGCCGAGCAGUGGACUGGUGGGCCCUGGGCAUCCUCAUCUUUGAAAUGCUGGCUGGGUACCCGCCUUUCUUUGAUGACAACCCAUUUGGAAUCUACCAGAAAAUUCUGGCCGGAAAACUGGAAUUUCCUCGCCAUCUGGAUUUCUACGUCAAAGACCUCAUCAAGAAAUUUCUGGUCAUUGAUAGAGCCAGACGGCUAGGCAACAUGAAGAAUGGAGCAGAUGAUGUGAAGAAGCACCGCUGGUUCAAAGCAAUUGACUGGGAGGCAGUUCCUCUAAGGAAACUGAAGCCACCUAUAGUGCCUAAAGUUUCCCAUGAGGGGGACACCUCCAACUUUGACGUUUACCCAGAGGACGACUGGAAGAAAGACCCCCCUGUGCCUCCGAAGGACUUGGAGAUCUUCAAGAACUUUUGAUCAGUCUGCCUGGUUUAUUUAUUCGUGGGAUAUCCUGAGAAUGACCCAACAUAUUCUGAACGUACUGUUGCAGGGAGUCACAUUUGAUCUGUAAUAAUGACCUCCCUACCUACCAACUCCAAAUGAUUGAUGCUGUGACCCGUAUCAUACCACGGAGAUGAUUUGCUUUUUAAAUGUUUAUUUAUGUGACCUAAGUCAAACUUUUGCUGUUUUUAAAUUUUUUUAUCAUUUUAUUUCUGAGCCUGCUCAUAUGCAAAAAGUGUGGUUCAGUGGAAACCAAAAGACUGUUACUUCCGAGGUGGAAAAAAGAGAAUAAUCAGGUCUUUUUUUAUAUUGUUUUUAUAUUUUCUCUCUUUCUCAAAUGUCAGCUGGCAAGUGGUUGCUAAUGUGCAGUUUGGGACUUACUGUACUGUGUGUAGUCACGAGUAAGACACUUUAUUUGAAAAUGCGUGACCAGUAGCACUUGUAAAAAGGUGCCUUACAUCACAGUUUAUCGGGCAUGAUGUCUUGCAAUUCCCUAAAUUUCACAAGAAAUCUUCUGGCAGUACUAAUGGAAAUUGAAUCAUGGGACUGUCAGCACACGCGUGGUGUGUUGCUGAAUGUGCCGUCUCGUCUUCCACUGUAAAGUCUUAUAUCUCCCACCUCUGCUAUUUCCUGUCGCACCUCGAAAAACAGCUUUAUUCACAGUCCGGACUUUCUUAUCACAAUAGCCAUGUGAAUUUAAAGGUGCUGGGACGUGGGGCCCUUGACAUCUAAUUAGUCCACCGAGUCAGUUUUCAUCCACAUGUCAGUGUAUCAUGUAGUCGAGGCUUAAAGCAUAUUUAUAUAGUUAUAUUUCAGGACAUUAAUGGCCUUUGAAAUAAACUGCAUACUGAUCUCUCUGUUUGAUAGGCUGCCAUUGAACUUGCUGGUGAGGGAGGGAUGUUUCAGGUACAGGGAACGCCAGUCUUAUACUGAGGGCAUUUUGGCACAGUACUGCUCUGUGGUUACUCAGCCCUCCGGGGAAAUGGUUGAAGCACAACAGAUACGGCAAGGUCAAGGGGUUAAGCACAAAGAAGCAGCUCGAUUCAGCAGGAGUCAACACUUGAAACGGUUCUGUGUGUAUUGCAUGUUUACUCUUAACAAUGCUCGUUAAACUGUUCAGCAGGCACCCGAACACUGUAUCACUCUUUA